CCAACAUCGGAUAUCUCAGGCACCUCUGGCCGAAUCGGUUCUGACCACAUGGCAAACCCAAUCUCAUCAUCGACCAUCGCCUGUCUGAAAGAGCUCAAGCAACUGGUUCUGUCGGGACAUCUAGCUCAGUACGAGUCAGACGUCUCACAGGUACUGUGGCAAGACGAACUAGGGAGGUUACAGGUGUGGGCUGCUAAUAUCGGUGCGCACCAAACGGGGCAGUCGUCGCUUGACCAUCGACUGCGUGACGCAUCACAUAUCAAGGAGCAGACAGUCCGGUUGCUGAAGCGACUGCGAAGGAUAUAUGAGGACCUACAAGAUGUCCUGCAUGGCCCAAUUGAAGAUGACAGCCUAUCAGACACCGACGACGAUGGAGAUCAAACAGAAGUACAGCAGCUAUAUCAUGCCCUGCAUGAUACGAUCAAUAGCCUGUUCCAGCUGUCGAUGGCGAUUCAGAGGCCGGCACACCAUGAUCGAUUGUUGGGAACCCGGAGAUCAGAUGUGGUCCACUUCGAAUGCUUUGACCAACAGCAUGUCUCGAACAAAUUUCCCCAGGCAGAGGAUACCAUUGCAAAGCGCCUUGGACUUGCUAUAACGCAACGAAGGGCCGUACUUCAGUAUCGCGAGCGACAUCACCUAAAGUUGGGCCGGGGCUUGAACCAUGCUUUGGGUGACCAUCCAGAUACAGUAUCAACCAAACUGUCUGAAACUGUGGCAACCGAGUUUAUCGAGACCAGCCAUAUCAAUCAUAGUCUAGAUUCGCAGUCGAUUGUCUCACAGACUUCAUAUGCCGAGACACUCAUGAACGGCAGUGGAGGAAUGGUGGUUCCACCGCCACCUGCAGAGUCGGCCGAUGGAAAUCCUUUUGAAUGUCCGUAUUGCUUUGUGAUCCUGACUAUUCCAAAUCGGAGUGCAUGGGCUCGCCAUAUAUUCAAGGACCUCAUGCCAUAUAUUUGCCUCUUCCCAGAUUGUCAAAGUCCCCAUCGGCUCUAUGAUAGCCGUCGGGAAUGGGACUUCCAUAUACAGAGUGAGCACUCAACUCCAGGCGAUGACGGGCAUUUAUUUUGUCCCCUCUGCCAUGCCCAUCUCGAGUCUACAAAGUUGUUUGAAAAACAUGUGGGUCGACAUUUGGAGGAAUUGGCGCUGUUUGCUUUGCCGCAACUAGCGAGAGAUGAGGAUGAUAAUUCGUCGAUGUCGGUAUCUGGACCGCUAAAUAAAAGGGCAGAUGCUCAGCCUGGAUAUUUUUACGACACACUUAGUGAUAUACACUCGUCCUUCGAUGGAAGUGAGCAUGCACCCGAUGAUGGACGAGUUUUUCGUGACCAAGAUGGAUUUUCAGUGGAUGAAAUGAGCAUUUCAAUCGGGCCCGGCGAGUUAGAUACGGCCAGCACCAGGAGCCAGGGCUCUUCCGAGGAGGUUAGUGCUGAUCAGACGGAAUUGCAGUCCUCAAGUCCAAAACCAGUGGACACUGAAAAGGACCAAGCUAUUGCAAGGUUGGAAAGAUUGAUCCUGGAGGAAAGAACUGAAAGAGAAACCCGAGAAGCCCGAGAAGCACAGAGACAUGCUGCGCUAGAGGCAGAGGUAGGUGCAGCAGCAGCAGCAGCAGCAGCAGCAGCAGCAGGACCAAGGGCAGAAUCGGAUCAUGUGGAAGCAACAGAAGCAGCGGCAGAAGCAUCACCCACUCAUACAAGCAAGAAAAAACCAAUCCGGUUCAAAGAUGCCAUUGGGCGGAAGUUUAGUUUUCCUUUUGCCCUAUGUUGUACUUGGCAGGGCAUGGAAGAACUUAUACGACAGGCUUUUCUCCAUAUCGAGGUAAUCGGGCCUCAUAUCGCCGAAGGACAUUAUGACUUAAUAGGUCCUAAUGGAGAUAUAAUCCUUCCCCACGAUUGGGAGCGUGUUAUUGAACCCGACUGGCUUAUCACGAUGCACAUGUGGCCUAUUCCAGAAAAGAAAAUAUCUCCAGACCUUGACCCAUCCUCAAAUCCCCCUCCGCCCCCAAUUCCAUCUCCGCGCCCCCCAAAUUUACCUUUUCCUGGUGACAGCUCGUACGUCCCCAAAAUAGAUGAAGAACCGUCUAUGGAUUCCCCGAAGGACAAAAGACGGCGUGGCCCUGAGCCUGGGUCAUUCGCUAUGUGGAUGGUCGGGGGUAACCGCCUGAAACUCAACAGAGCUCUGAAGAAUAGAAAAGGGAAUGAGGAGACGGGGGAACUUAGAGAACUGGCAACGGAUACCGGGGAGGAUGUCGAUAAGACUAUCGACGAAAGGAGCGAACAGAAACCCGCAGAUGAAAGCUCGCCUGUUGUUGAUGCAGCUGGAACACCAUUUACCACUUCUUCUGAACACAAUAAAGCACCUGCCCCUGACCCUGGGGGAUUCGCUCAGUGGAUGGCCAGAGGCAACCGCUCAAAGUUCAACAGAGCUCCGGGGACAGCAAACGAGGAUAACGAGACCGCAAGUAGAACAGCUGGCAAUGAAUAACCGGGAGGCUACCAGGGAAAGCGUCAAAGCAGCGCUGCUACAGCUGAUGCAGCUCUUCCGGUGAGCCCUGGAGGCUUUGCACUAUAUACACAGGAGAGAUGAUCCUGCUUGGGAGCUCAUUCCAUCCCUCUGAACAUGAUCUCAUGUGAUGCAUACUGUUUCUCUACCCCGUACGUCUCAUGGUCAACGUACACUCCUACCUACUCAAUGAUGAUACCAUCCCCACCAUCCCAUU